ACACAAUAAAAACAAAAAUGUCAAAAGCGUGGAAAAAUUCACUUCCUAUUUUCAGAGCGAGGGCACUAAAGGAGUGUGAAGUGAUUACAGUGCUCAUGAACAAUUAAGAACUUCACGCUAAAAAAAUCUGCACUUCGUGGUUCAAUCUGGCGUCAAAAUGUACUUCAUAGCAGUUCUCGUGUUGUCACUGUUCUUAAUUGAAGUGUCUCCUGAACCCUCAUCUAGGGCUCUUAUAGUAGCGGCAAGUGAAAGAGGGUCUUUAUUUUUUCACUAUGUUUCUGCAGAUGAACGACUAUUCAUUAAUCCUCAUAUUUUGGCAGUUGCUGCUUUCGAGGAUAAAAUUAAUAGCACUGGGUGGUCAUCGCUCACGGUUUCAACGUCUGCUCAGUUUCCUGAUUACCUUCAAGCUUAUUGGGCUGGAUUCUUGGAAACCAAUCUCUCACUCAGUUUAACGGAUGCUAUGUGGAUAAACACUGCUAGAGAUAUAUGUCCAGAGCCAUUAUCUGAGAGUUGUAAAGUAUUACAGAGAUACUUAGAAGAAAAUAUGGUCUAUAUGUUGAAAGAGGCUGAUAAAAACAGUAAUCAAGAUCCAUUCUGGUACCAGGUGGCCUUACAGUUAUGGCAAAUUAAAGGAAUGUCUGAUGCAUAUAAUCAAAAAUUCAUAUCCAGUUCAGAUCAAUUAAACCAGAAUUAUUUGUAUGAACUAAUUGAUGAAAUAAUGGGGAUUUAUUUAUUACAACUGAAUGGUGAUCUUGGUGAUUUGGUGAAUGCUCUAUCUCUUCUUCCUCUUCAAGUUGGUGUAAAUAAACUUAAUCAUUCAUUCUUUAUGGGUCCAUCAUGUUCGGUAUUAUUUAAAAUGGUUGGCAACAAUGUGUAUAUAUCGCAUGUUACUUGGGCACCAUAUAGUCUUAUGUUACGUGUAUUAAAACACUAUAACUUCCCUUGGAAAAUUGUUAACACUACAAAUUCCCCUAUGAUUCCUGGUUACGCUAUCACAUUUUCAUCAUAUCCAACUUUUACCAGUUCCAUUGAUGAUUUUUACUUGACAAGUGCAAAUCUUACUGUUACAGAAACUACCAACGCUGUAUAUAACGAAAAGCUAUGGUCCGUUGUUCGUAAUGGUAGUAGAAAUUCUGUAUUCACUUUUAUACGUGCUAUGGUUUCAAAUCGUUUGGCUACAACUGCAAAUGAAUGGAUUUCUUACUUUAAAUACAAGAAUAGUGGAACAUACAAUAAUCAAUGGAUGAUAUUUGAUGCAAAACGCUGGCCAAAUGAUAAGGCUUCACUUAUGAUUUUUGAACAGCUACCUGGGACGGGACGAAGUCUUGAUGUGACCAAGAUAUUGAAAUCCCAGAGCUACUGGGCUAGUUAUAAUCUACCGUACAUUAAUGACAUCUAUAUAUUGAGUGGAACGGACCAAAUGGCAAAACAGCACGGAGAUUGGUACGUGCACAACAAAACAACAAGGGCCAAGAUUUUUCGUCGUGAUCAUCACAAAGUCACCGACUUUCCUAGUAUGCUGAAGCUUAUGAGAUAUAAUAAUUUUAUGAAUGAUCCACUCUCUGUUUGUCCUUGUAAACCCCCAUACACAAGUAACGGUGCUAUAUCAUCACGUAAUGAACUCAAUGAUCCUGAUGGUUAUUAUCCAAUCAAAUCAUGGUCUUAUCGUCUAUCUGGAGGCACAGAUGCUAAACUUGUAGAUCUAUCGAUGAUUAAUCAACUUAACAUGAUCGCAAUCAGUGGACCAACUUAUGAUGAUUUGCCACCAUUUCAAUGGUCAUUAAUUAAGAAUGUGAAGAAACCUAUAAUGCAACCAAAUAAGUGGCAAUUUCCUCCAGUGAUCACCAAUUUCACUGACUAUCUGUGCACAAACUGUAAUAUUUCUACUAAAUUGUUUGUAUUCCAGUCUCUUUUUUAGUAACCAUAAUCAAAAAUAUCAAAACUUAAAUCUAAUUGGUUUUUAUGACUACAAGUCAUUAAUUUAAGUUUGAAAAUACAUUUAUUCAGCUUUCAUUUA